UAAAAUACAAGUCACGUGUGCGCCAUGGAUUUGAUGCGAACGGUGUCGGGUCUAUCCUGUCAAUUCGGGAACGUCCCUCAAAAGCGAAACUUGACAAUGGGAAACUGAAAUCCGAAAACAGAAAGCACAGCGCAAUCGGAAAACCAUAGCUACUAGGGCGUACCGUAUCGAUAUUUCCGCAACGCAGCACCUCUUCAGCACCCUCUCUCCGUCAUAUUGAGUUUUAUCCCGGCUUAUUUCGUGAGGAAACACAAAGCCCUGGAAGCGUUGAGCAAACCCCACUACCACCAACCACCGUACCCGAUAAACACCCACGCACAGCACCGAAACCGACAGCAGACUCGCUAAGAUGCAGAAAGCAAAAGUCAGGGGAGCCAACAUGAUGAUGCGGCGCAGGCCACGUGUCCUGGAGCACGACAAAAUCAGGACUUGGAAGAUCUUUGAGGGUGAUCAAGUCAAAAUCGCAACCGGAAAAUACGCAGACGUCGGCAAAACCGGCACAGUCACGCAGGUCCUAAAGGACAUUAACUCGGUAAUCAUUGAAGAGCUGAAUCAAAAGAAGAAACACAUGCGUCCGAACGCCGAGCAGCCAAAGGGAAGCGUGGUCUUUAAAUCCACGCCGGUUAAAUACUCUCAUUUGCAAUUGGUGGAUCCGCAGGACGGCACCGCCAUCCCCCUCCGCGACCUCAAACUAAUAACCCCCCUCCCCGCCCGUCUCCACAACAACCCCACCACGAAACAGCUCUCAAAGCAACGGCUGCACAUCCAACGGCCCACGGAAGAAGGCGCCGAACCCAUCAAGAGGCUCAUCAGCAUCCCGGAGCCCAACGACCGGUUCGCUAACCGCCCGAAAGGCGUGUUGGAUACGCCAAGGACUGUGGUGGAAACGGUGACGUUUACGCCGGUGUUGGGGGUGAGCCCGUUUCCAAAUGCGUUUUUGAAUGAGUUGGAGAGGAUGAGGAGGAAGAAUAGGGAGAGCAUGGCUUGUUAGGGGAAUAUGGGGGUGGUGGAGGGGUGGCCUGCGCACUCUAUAUGCGGAUGGGCACUCUGGGCUGUUGUAUCAUAUCGUAGACAUAGUGAUAUUUAUUUGCAAUAGGAGCUCGCAAUACACAACGAGGACUCCCUUUCAUCCGGCA